AUGGAUCUCCACAACUUUGGCUUAGUGUUCUGGUUUUUUUUACUGAUCCUGGAGGUUAUUAUUGGAACACUCACAAAUGCCUUCAUCGUAGUGGUGCUUCUGCUCGGAUACUUCAAAAAACAGACUAUGAACGAAAGUGAUAAAAUAUUAAUAGCUCUGAGCAUCACCAAUAUUUGUUCUUCUCUUGUCAGUUCUGCUGCAAUUAUGAUAUUGUUUAUGUGGCCUUGGAUUUACAGCCAUAGUAAUGCUACUUUCUGUAUCUUCAGCCUGACCAUUUUUGGCACAAUUUCAAUGGUUUGGCUCACAGCCUGCCUUUGUGUCUUCUACUUCGUAAAAAUACUCAAUUUCAGCUCCGGGAUCCUCCUUUGGGCUAAGAUGAAGAUCAGCAACUUCGUUCCAUGGUUGAUAUUCUUCUCAGAAUUGGUCUCCUUGUGCUGGACUUUCUUUACCAUGUUGCCCUUAGUCACCAAGGAACAAUCUUCAGGAAACAUCUCAUCUCUCCAUUCAGUCAACGCAACGUCGGACACAAAUACCAUCAUCUUUGAACUGAUAUGCACUGCUGUUUCUUUGCCUCUGAUGAUCAUUAUAAUCACUACUUUCUCUACUACUGGGUCACUUUAUUUGCACAGGCGAAGAAUGGAGAAGAACUUGGGUGCUUCAAGCAGUCUGAAAGCUCAUCAAAGUGUUGUCUGGAUGAUGAUACGCCUCCUGCUUUUAUACACACUUGUAUUUGUGGUACAAAUUCUUCAUUUUAGUGGUACCGUUGCCCCAUUAAGCUUUGAAUAUUGUCUCAAUUACUUUAUCUUAUUUUCCAUCCCAGUAGCACAAUCCGUCCUUCUCAUUCAAGGUAACCCUAAACUGAAGGACAAGCUGAAGCAAAUAAGCCUUGUUUGCACCACAGCUGAUGGGACAAAGUAA